ACGCCAGCGCCAAGUUUGCGCCCCGGGACUUUGCGCCGGUUCGCGUCCCCCGGCCUGCGGCUCGGUCCUCCGCCAGCCGGCCGGCCGUGCGCCCCUCGGCGCCGCCACUCGGGAGCAGCGGGGCGGGAGGACGCCGAGCAGGGCGGUGCGGGCUGGGGUCGGGGCAGCCGCCUCCCGAAGAUGCAGGAUGGCAGCAGAGCCGCCGCCGCCCAGCCUCUCCCACCGCACCACGGGCUCCACCUGCCUGCACCCGCUCAGCGAGCUCCUGGGCAUCCCGCUGGACCAGGUGAAUUUUGUGGCAUGCCAGCUUUUUGCCUUGUUCGCUGCUUUUUGGUUUCGCAUCUACCUAAGUCCUAGUAAAACCAGCUCCGAUGUCCGGCAUGCAUUUGCUACCAUUUUUGGCAUCUAUUUUGUCAUCUUUUGUUUUGGUUGGUACUCCAUACAUCUUUUUGUGCUGGUGUUAAUGUGCUAUGCAAUCAUGGUCACUGCAAGUGUAUCUAAUAUUCACAGGUACUCCUUUUUUGUGGCAAUGGGAUACCUUACAAUAUGCCACAUCAGCCGAAUAUACAUCUUCCACUACGGGAUUCUCACUACAGAUUUUUCUGGGCCUCUGAUGAUUGUCACUCAGAAGAUCACAACCUUGGCAUUCCAAGUUCAUGAUGGAUUAGGUCGAAGAGCUGAAGACCUCUCUUCUGAACAACAUCGACUUGCUGUAAAAGUGAAACCCUCUUUUUUGGAAUACUUGAGCUACCUUCUCAAUUUCAUGAGUGUCAUAGCUGGCCCUUGCCACAAUUUCAAGGACUACGUGGCCUUCAUCGAGGGAAGACAUAUACACAUGAAGUUGCUAGAAGUGAACUGGAAUCAAAAAGGUUUCCACAAUUUUCCAGAACCUUCUCCCACUGGAGCUGUGAUACAGAAGUUAUGCAUCACCUUGGUGUCUCUCCUUUUGUUUUUGACGCUCACCAAGGCCUUCCCUGUCACCUUCCUUCUUAGUGACUGGUUUGUCUACAAAGCAAACUUUCUGACGCGACUCUGCUACUUAUAUGUGGUCAUGCAAGCCUCAAAACCCAAGUAUUACUUUGCAUGGACAUUAGCUGAUGCAGUGAAUAACGCAGCUGGCUUUGGGUUCAGCGGAGUGGAUAAGAAUGGACAUUUCUGUUGGGACCUGCUUUCUAACCUAAACAUCUGGAAAAUCGAGACUGCUACAAGUUUCAAAAUGUACUUAGAAAACUGGAAUAUUCAGACAGCUACUUGGCUAAAGUGCGUGUGCUACGAACGGGUUCCCUGGUACCCCACGGUGCUAACCUUCAUCCUGUCUGCUUUGUGGCAUGGUGUCUACCCUGGAUACUAUUUUACCUUCUUAACUGGAACCCUUGUCACAUUAGCAGCUAGAGCGGUAAGAAACAACUACAGGCAUUACUUCCUUUCCUCAAAAGCCGUCAAAGUUGCUUAUGAUGUGGUCACCUGGGCUGUCACUCAGCUGGCUGUCUCUUACACGGUCGCGCCUUUUGUUAUGUUGGCAGUGGAACCAACCAUCAGUUUAUACAAGUCCAUGUACUUUUAUUUACACAUCAUAAGUCUCCUGAUAGUACUAUUUCUGCCAAUCAAACCACAAGUUCAGACUCAAAGGCGGCCUCAGACUCUGAACUCUGUUAAUAAGAAGAAAGCAGAGUGAUACCUCCAAGGAGAGCUGAACAAGUAAAUCUGCAGAACAUUUGGAAGAUGAGACGAAAAGGCUCAAGGAUUCUCCAGUGCGAUGUUUACACGCAUUUUUUUUUUCUUUUUUAAAAUGCAGGGAGUAUUUUUAUAAAGCCUUUUUGUACAGAAAAAUCGGCCAUGUCCAGCUUAUUUGUUAUAAUAUUUUAUAGGACAUUCGCAUGGUGUGGAGGCAUGUGGAGGCUGUGCCAGGGCUGCAGGGACAGCCCAUGGUGGGCUUGUGGGCUCCUUGCUUUUCCGGCACGACUUGCAGGCGCCGGAUGCUGGGGACACAGGCAUUGGCUCCGGAAGUCAGAAGUUGAUGGCUGAGAAGACUUGUCAUAGGUUUCUUAAAUCAGAACUUACCCAGAUGCGGCUGUUCCUUGGGAAGCCCCAAACCCUUUGACUCGUGAUGUUCCUGGUUUGCGGUGAUGUCACACACUACACUCAGAAGACCUUGGCGGAGAAGGAUCGUGGAGAGAGGUUUUCAGGGCACUGAAAACUGUGAGCCAGAAGGACGAACCGUGAACACUUGAAUGGACUGAAAGUCAAGCGUGCCCUCAAAUAGGCUGCAUUUUUGCCCCCCAGAAAUGUAACCUUUCCCUUUUUUUUUUAUUCUGAACUCUGAGCCAAGAUUGGAAAUCAGAAAGUCUCCUGUACCUGUACACCAGGAGGCUAAGAGAGGCUGCUGUUUUCCGAAUGUUUUCCAUUUCACUUGUGCCAUCUGCUUGCCUGGGAAUGGCCCCGAGAAGACGCCUAAAUAUUCAAACCAUCGAAGGCAACACAAUGCCUUUUAAAGAAAUAGUUGUUUUUUUUUUUUUAAAGUAAUUUAAAGUUAUAUAGAAGUUCGAGAUGUUUCUCUUUUUUCUCCCCUUAUUUCAUGGAGGUGUUGAUGAUCAUGGCCAUGGUGUACACAUGGGCUGAUUUUCAUCUUUCCAGUUUCAUAGUUGAUUAACUUCAGCUUUGUUUUAGUUGAAUCAUAUUGGAAAGCAGAAAUUGAAAGACAGUUUUCUAUCUUUGCUAUGAAUGUGCUAUGGGGACUUCUAUUGGGUAAUAUUCUAUGCGGGAGAUGGAAACAUGGUAUUAAACAUGGAAAAUAAUAAUGAUAAUAAUAAAAUAUGUGCUGCGUGGUGUGCCCUCAA